UCAGAACGUUCUACGUUGCGAACGCUUUAGAACGACCUUUCGAGCGACUUCCACAAAAAAACAUUUUACGUUACAAAUAAGACUCUGUUAUCGAAUUGUCGCGUAUGUUUCCUUGAAAAAGCGUCACAUAACAGUAUAGCGAGCAUUUUAUAUGACAGAAAUAAUCCUUAUAUUAGUAACGCGAUGUGAAUGUAUUAGUGAUAUUGUACUAUAAUAUGUAUCGGUAAUGUGAAGGGAAGAUCGCCGUUAAUACGUGUGUUAUCUCAAAAUUAGUCGCUGAUGAUACGGUCUUGUCACGGCUAAACCGCACUCGUCUCUAUUGGAUCUUGAUGAUAGCCGGUGGCAAAUACUUAUCCUCAAGUGCACGCAUGUACUUGCAUAUUAUGCCCUCACAGCUGGAAAUGCGUAUCCGUGCACCUGCGAGUACUUAGUCAAUUAUUGUCCGUUCGUUUGUUUGCGCGAUCCUUUUUGUCCGCCCGAUUACUCCGGCAAAUAUUUAGCAGUUCGCAUUAAACAUUAGACGUUUCUCCGCUGUCACGCCGGUGUAACAUUUAGUAUCACGGGCGUUUGUCAAUAACAGGUUGUAAGGCGCGCUGUAAAUCAAGCCCCGCUGUCGUGCGUAAAAUUGAAACGGUAUCAGUAUCAGCUGAAAAACCGUGAUUGUCCCGAAACGUUUAUUAAACUCGUCCCGUCGCGCGCAUAAAAACGCCGCCGGGCGAUCGAAUCGCGAUAAAAACUGAUUUUGCGCAGAAACUUUUUUCCGCGAUCAUAACUACGUUCGAUAUUUAUUGUGACGGUUCACGGCUCCGGCCGGUUCUUCAAAAAACCGCAAGAACGCGGCAGGCAAGAAACCUUGCGGCUAAAGAGUGACGAUUUCGUUACCACAUCCGCAAACACCCUCGCGAAGUCUCCAUUUCCGGCCUUAACGACCAUCUAUCAUUUGUGUCCGGCUAUCGUCAUAUCGUUCCCUGAUGUACAUAAUAGAGAGAUUUCUUCGUAACAAAACAAAAUUUUUACGCGAUUUGUCUUUAACAAAUUAUCCCGCUUUCCAUGUUUCUUAGACGUUCGGCAAAAAUUAAUUUUGACAGCUGAUGCGAUCAAUUUCGACGGUGAAGCCGUAACACGUGUGUUUUCACUUUCCUUAUAAGGUAGAAACGUCAAUUUGCACCGUCUGGGGAUUGUAAAAAUGACACGAUAAUUACGCAUGAAGCGCGGCGAAUGGAGCAAUUUCGCGUAAUCUUCCGCACUUCGGAUCACUUCGAGAAACUAACUAAUUCGCCGCGGCUCCUCUCCCUCCCCCUUGACACUGGGAUUCACUCAUCGUGGAAAUCAUCGUAAUACGUGCGUCAAUAUGUCUCGCAAAGGUUUCGUGACCAACGUUACGGAACAUUCUCGGAACGAAGUUCUUUCACUACGUCACUUAGCGCGCACGUAGGCGAUGUUUUAAAAUUACAAAAUUGCGGAUAUUAGUCGCGUACACUUGUGCAGCCGCGCAGCGUAUAUGAAUCCGUACAUGCGUACAUAUAUAUUUUCGUCACUUGCAGCGAAAGUUCUGUAGGCAUCGACACUGCGUAUAUUUUGAGAUGUUUGCUUGCACGUCGUUUUAUCGCAGUCCUUAUUUUUUCUAUCUAUCUUCCUCUCUGUCGAACGGUUAUCAGCGAUAACGAAAAACAUGCUUGCACGAUACAAUAUAAACGCACUUGGCUGAAAGACAUCAAAUCUUAUGUAUUUCUUUAUCUCUUUCUAUAGGAAAUUUAUUUGUGUUUUUUGUUUUCAAUUAUUAUUAUUAUUCAAUAAACUAAUCUUGCAUUUAUUCGAAUGUAAUCACAAAUUAUAUUUGAGACGCAAACGGAUGUGCGCGCUAACGAUUACGAAAGAAAUAUAUGUUUAUCAUUUUCCGGCUCUAUUGUUUCCAGCUUUUUAUUUUUUUUUGUUUUAUCGCCACGUAGAUAGAAUAGAAUGUUGUACCGUGUCCACAAAAUAGCGUAUUCAUAUAUUCGACGUUGGAACAUCUAAUAUUUGCAGAAAACGAGCGCGCGAAAUCUGGUUCGAUGAACUGCGAGAAGGGUGAACGCACCAAUAACCCGAUAAAAAUGAUAAGAAAUGCAAUUCGUAACAUCAACCUGAUAAGUUGAGUCAUCCUUCGGAUGUGAGUGUCAUACCGGGUGUCUUUCGUCGCGCUACUUUUCACAGAGUUUUAUUUCGGGAAAAACGCGAAACGGAGAGUAUAAAUCAUUUUAAUGCGUCAUUUAUGAAGUGUGAGAUUAUGCGUUACCGUGAUUAAAAUAUAUACCACGUGAAAUAAUGGUAAUAAUAAAACAGUAAUUUUUCUCGCGUACGUAACAGCAGUGAGUAGCUCGGUUCUUGCCGGUUACCCAUUACAAGGGUCGUUUAAUAACGUUGCUCUUGCCGUUAACCUCGUAAACGAUGGCAACAGUGUGCUCGCAAUGCUGCGAGGGACACGAAACUUGUUCGAACUUGUUCACGGUGGACGCGUGUCGCGCGGCGCGGCGAGCGAUAACGCUCUUUCCCGCCGCGAUAAUUGCCCCGAUAAUUAAGGCGCUUCGCGGUAGACCUUAAACUUUAAACCUUCUUCCUCGGGAUGCCUACGCACACAUCGAACGAGUACAUGUCGGUCACCUGCGUCUAUGAAUCAUUCUGUCAGUGUUAUCUUACUGGAUUCGAUUGAAAAGUUAAGCAUCGUUUACGCGUAUGACGCAAUCGUAAAUAUGUAUAGUCUCCGUAUGCAAAAUAAAUUUUGAUUACAUCACUCAGUCUUCGCGUAAUGCGGACAUUAAGUAACGAUUAGAAAUAUCAGAUAAUCAAAAGAUGCGACUUUCAAUAUUAAAAUAAAGAUUAAAUUAAAGUAUUAAAUUUAAUUUAAUUUUAAAAAAUAGCAUCUUUUGAUAUUAAAUUUAAUUACUUGAUAGACUUAGAUGUCUGAAAGUCAACGUUCAUAUCGCGAUCUUUAAACCAGUAGCUUUCAGCCAUCACGAUUGAUGAUUAUUUUACUGAUACGCGUAAACAUAUCAUUAAAAUUCUGCGGAAGUCAACUUCCAUUUCGUCAGAUAAAUUAAGAUACAGUAUACUUGGUUUAAUUAUAAAUACGACACGAAUCAAACGCGCGUUUUAAAUUAUCAUCACACGAUAAAUCUGUUUUAAAAUGAGAUUUUGUAUCGAAUUUCGCUGCAAUUUAUUCUUCUUCGGGAGCAUACUUUACGCUGCCAAAUUGGCCUGCGGAGAGCCGUGGACGCCGAUCGUCCGUCGUGAUCGACCGCGCGCGCCCGAAACAAAGUAGCACAGGUUCCCGAGCCGAUGACCAGCAUUCGCCCACGCGACCGCGGUGGUCGUUCUAAAAAUAUACAGCCUGAUCCGCGCGUACGGUGCUACCGGUUUUAAAUCUCAGCUGCUACCGAGCGGUAACCAGCGCUGCGUGUUGUGUGUGCAGCACCGAUACUUUCCACCGGAAUAAAACGACACGACGCAGGGUUGCGGAGGAUAGGGAGGGGUUGCUCAUUAGACGUUUCCAGCCAGCUAAACUCGAGGAUCGUCAUGAUGAUCAUCGCGCAGCGAGAAAUGUCUGCGACACGAACCCCGAUUGCCGGUUCGAAGACCGCGAGAGCGGUUAUUAAACCAACAUUUGCAUUCACGACUAACAGAUUUAGCGAGAUACGAUUUACGAUUUCUCCACGACGAUGGAAAAUUGCAACGUCGAGCGACCAAGCAUUUAUUUAUAGGAUCGUUAUAAAAAUCGCGUUCGCAUCGGACGAGAUUUUAGAAUUUUACGAGCGAUGGGAUUUCCAUAAAUAAAAUUGAUUGACGAGGAAAAGUGUCCAGUGUUGUAUUAAAAGUAAGGAAGAUGUCGAAUCUAAAAAAGCUUGAUAAGAUAUUUGACUGUUAUAAUGUGUGAUCAUAUUAGAUACUUCAUGAAAAUCAGUUAUUCGAAAAUAUAUGAUUCAGACUAAUUAAAUAAAAAUCAAUAGGAAGCUUGAUGAGACGCGUCUUGUUUUGCAACGCAUUUAAGAAUCAACAAACGACUCUUCAGGACGCGCGAUCAACGUAUUGAUUUGAUAAUCUUAAGUUUCAGGAUUGUUUUCUAUAUUUCACGCUUGUUUAAUAUAACAGAUAGCAUUUUUAUUUGCCUUUCGAAUGAUUUUUCGAAUAAAAUACAUUUGGCGGCUUAUCUAAUCGCGGCAGAAGAGUAAGUUACUUUUUAGUUAGGUCAAUCUUAUCUACGAAAACACUUAAUUGCUUCAUAUUACACAUAUUGUGUAACAUUUUGUAAUUCCGAAGCUUUUCUCAUCUCCCGGUAGCUCGAAUAAAGCUCGUUAUCCCGCGUAAAAGUUAUAAGUAUCAAAAUUCCCUCCGAAGUUCUCGCAACUAAGUUUAACUUCGUUAAGCGAAUCGACUUCUCGUAUAAGGCACAAUCAACUCAUCUCUCGCUGAACUCGCCUCUUUAACUUUCACGUACAUUGAGACAAUUAGUUUCGUAGAAGUGGCGCCUCUCGCAAUAAAUAGUUCCUGCGAGACGCGCGCGGUAAGUUUGCCAAGUGCACUCGCCGUAUCGAUCCGCUGGGGAAUCAGAUUGGGUUCAAAGCACACCUUUAUACGCCCGGAAAAUUCACUAAAAUUCAUGCGCACGCGACAUUAUCAGCGUCGCGGAAUUAUCACGGUAGCACUUGACUCACGGUAUCGCGUCGCGGCCGAUAUAAGCAUCGAUCCGCCGAUAUCGACGUGCCAUUCCGACGUCGAGCGGACCAGCAUCUCAGCACACAUCUCGACUCCGGUUUCCACGGUCUAUAGUGGUAAUGUCAUCUCUCUGUAACGUCAUCCCCUCGAUGCGCCGAGAUUCACCUGGCCUUUAACUCCCACAUCUGAUAUCCAGUGACAAUGUCUCUCCCUGCGCACCACUCCUGACAUUAAUCUGUUCUCUCUCUCUCUCUCUCUCUCUCCCUCUGUCUCUCUUCUCGCGCGCACCGUACAGACGUCGAUCGCUCAUCGAUUCAAGUGGCACGUACGUUCGCGCUUUUGAGGCUGUUUAACACGCGUGCAGCAUCAUUGUGCCUACGUUGCGACUCACUGAAAUUCGUAAGAGGCAAAGCGCGCUCGAUUUUUCCGUCGGAUUGUACGCCAAUCCUGUUCGAGCGAGAUCCGCGUCUCCGUUCUCUAAGUUCUAAAAUUAGAGUUCUGAGUGUAAAACGAGAGAGAUUUUCGAAGCACACGAUAUUUGAAUCUUGAAUGGAUUAAACGCUCCCGUAAUGUGACUGCAUUUCAUCGCAAAGUGCGUGCAGCUUGUAAAACUCGACAUUACGCGAAUUCCAUGCGCGAUAAAGAGAAUAACAUUAAUGGUAAUGCCGACUUUUUCUUUGAUCACGCUGAAUACGGGAUUCCGUUUUUCACGCGUGUCGUACAUGUCCGCGCAAACUAAUAUGCUCAUAUUUAUUUAUGUGGCCGUGCUGUAGCGACUAGGCGGCCGGCGCGCCGCCGUAUGCAUUGUGAAUCAGCGCGCGCAAUAGGAGUAUAUUGUGUUCUUGUUUCUCUGUUCAUCCAUUCAUUGGCUACGAAAAAAAAAAAAAAAAUAAAAAUAAAAACAGCUUAACCGAGCGCGUAACAUUGUCAUGAAUAUCAUUCGCGUCACAAAUUAUCGAGAAGUUAAACGCGAGUCCCGCUCGUGUGCGUUUCGCUCGUGUGCGUUUCUAAUUAAUUAUAGGCAUGUCCGAGCUCAUUAACUCGCAUGUAGUCAUUCCGGCAAUUAAAGCUAAUCUUCGACACUGCAGACCGACGCGUUAUCAGUCGAGCUUCUAUUAUUGUCAUCGGUGUAUAUAAACGAGAUGGGCCUGACAGUACCAGUGAGAUUGGUGCGAUAAUAUCAUAUUUAUUGUUAUUAUCAACAUUAUUCUGCUUAUAAUAUUUUUUAUCUCUGGACAAAUUAAAGUUAUCCGUUUGCUAGAAUAUUAUUUAAUAUUUUAUUGAAAAGCGCUAAUUAAAAGAAAAAUAGAAUCUCAAUACUGAAAUUAAAACUAAAAAUCAAAUAUAUCUUGCACUUUUAAUUGGAUUUUUUGCCAGAGGUUUAAUUUUAGAUAACAUAAACGUUUCCGAUUUGCGACAGCAGCUACCCCCGUAUUCCGGAGUUCGUACUCUCUUGGUCGCGUAAACUGCGCAGUUGCGCUCGAGUGUCGUUUUGUCGUGUCAUACGCGCCUUUACGGCUCCGAAGUGCAUACGGCCGCCGGUUUGUUCGUGUGCGUAGCCUCUCACUCUCUCCCUCGACGAGAUCCCAUUGCUACGUGCUACACGCUCCGCUAUAUCCAAGACCAUGUCGCGCGCGCGCCACAGAAAUGCACUUGCGUCUUCCGAGUGUGGAAACGAGUUCGCUCUGAUAUCAAUAUCCAUUAAAUAAAAUAUCGUGGCAAAAUUAACGUGGAAGGCGACUAUUUGAGAAUGUAAAAAUUCUAAAAAUAUGUACGCGAUAUUCUGUUAUGAAAUUUACCAUAAAAAAAUGACAAUAACAAAAAAAUACAGUAAUUAUAUUAUAUUACUAAUUUAAUUUUUCUGCUUUAUCGCAAGUCACGACAAUUAGUCGCAUUCGUCUCUUUCUGCAGCAUAUUUGCAUUAAACGCGCAAAUCGUAGUCGUCAUUUUAAUAUUUUAAAGCAUUCUGCAUGCUGAAUACUGAAACAUCGUGUAUCUGGUGACUGCAAACACACGAGAUUGCAGUAAAUGUUAGCGUUCAAACGGAGCUCACUCGCACGGCGUCCAAGCAGCAGACAAUGUAUUGUCACGCUCCUCGCGUGUUCCCCACCCCAAAGUAAAUCGACUACCCUCACCACCGGUUUAUUUCUCGCCACGAGUUGCGCGCGCACGUGCCCCCACUGUCCGACGAAGUAGGGCGAAGUGAGGGAAGAAGCCGGUUGUGCCACCGCGAGGCAGAACGUGCGGACCGAGUGGCUGCGAAAGCACAGAAUCAUUACCACGCCAGACCUCGAGGAGAACAGACGUGUUUCUCGUUAUCCUGAGCUCAGUCGAGAUCUCGUGUCGCUCUGCUUUCCCUACUUUCUUCUCUCUCGGUUUUUCUUCUCUGCGCGCCGGCCUCUUACCACGCGUGUGAUAUAUCGCGCCAAAGAAGAACAGUUCCGUGACGAGAAUUAAUUCCGAUCUCAUCGUGCUGCGAUAAUCUCGCACACGUGAUAGUCCCGCGCGACAGUCUUGUGCUCCGUUGCGUCGUAGGGACGACCUGACGCCACCAUCAGGUCGAUCCUCAUCUGUGUUACACUUCUGCGAGUGACGUGAACCAACCUGGUGCAGUCAACCGCGAGAACAUUGAACGCGGAGAUCGCUCGUGUUUCGAAAAAGCGCGUCGCUCUUUUUCUCGAAGGACUCACGCUUUUACGAAUUCUACGUGGAAGUUCAGUGUUCGAGCAGAGUCAGUCGGUAGUCGCGAGAGGGGACAGUUCGCAUCUCUCGCGAUUUCCAACAGUGCCAAUCACGUCGUCGGAAGUGAUUCACUCUGAAGAGUGUCGGUUGCACAAGACAGUUUUCUCGAAACGUCCCGAGACGGAAUCCUGGCGAGUCGGCCGCGUGUUAGACGAAACUUAGCUUAGCAUCUCCGAUCACACACAGGCGAAAGCUGUUACGUGCGCGCACCACGUGCGAUCCGCGAGGAUGAACGUUGAGAGUGUGCGCCGAUGAACUGAACAGUCACGUGUGGCGUCCGAAGGGAUUUGAGAAUCGCCGCGUGGCACCUCUCGGUGCGAGAUCAGAUAGGGAGAUCCGUUUUCCGGAUUAAAACAAUUUCGGGUGGGCGAGAGGCGUGUGAAGAGUACAGUGGGAGAUCAACGGACCUUUGCUUGGUUCGGUUGCAGUGCGUCGAACCGGACUAAGCGAGAGAGACACGAGCGGAGUUUUUUUUCGACGCAGUUCCUUCGAUCGAGGGAAAGGACCGACCAUGGCGAUACCGUUCUGUCUGCCCAACAAUGGCGAAGAGAGGACUCCGGACGAGCAGUUGAUGCUUCAGGUGUACGUACAGCUGCACAAUGCCCUCCGGAGCAGGAACGCCCACCAUCCGUCGCGAAAUCAUCGGGCGCCGCGUCGAUCCGCUCAGCAGCCGCUGGUGAUCUUGCUGCAGUCCGGCAGCGCCGAGGAUCUGUCGAACCUGCCGCUGCCGGAUCUGGUGCAGUCGGCCAUGGACCAGCUGCCACCGCCGUCGCCCCAGGUGACAGUCUCCGUCCCCAGCAGCCCGAUGAGAGACGCGACCUUCCAGUUCCCGGAGUGCAACGGCGGCGGCGCGCCGCAGCCGAGCCCGAGGCCGCGGCCGCGAAGACGCUUCGCCUCGGAGAGCUCCGUCGUGGAGACAGGCCCGGUUGAGGUGAGCAAUUGCAACGGCAGCAGCUGCUGCUGCCACCUCGGCCAGAUCAUCAACGAGAGGCAGUCGUGGACGAGCGUGGGGACCAAUCUCAGGAGCAUCGCCGGCGAUUUCCACGCGUGCAGGACCAAGGACGCCGAGGGCGAAAAGUCGAGGCUAGCUGUGAUCGGCCCUGGCUUGUCCAACGGUCACAACAGCAACUCGUCGUCCACCGACAGCCUGCUGUCGCUGUUGAUCCCGACGCCGCUACGCGAGACCCUCUGGGCAACGGUGGCUCUUUAUCUCGGCUGGAGACUCGUCUCCCGCUUGCGAUAAACGCGCCUGCUGUGCCCAACCGUCGUCCCGACGUUGCGUACCCGAUCGGCGAUCGCUGCAGCGCCUGGAACGACGGCAACGAGGUUGAUUGAACCGACGGACCGUCGACGACUUCCUUUCGGGUGAUCCACAAGCCCGGGAGUCUUGGAAUCCUCGACACGGACGGAUCGUCCCAAGUGCAGUCCGGGUCUCACUUUGUGAUCGGACGAUGGAUUUGAUCGAGGUAGAGUGCGCCGCAAGGACGAACCGUCUCUUGCGUCUGAACAUCCACUCCGAUAAUAUAAUUGUAUUUUGUAUAUCUGUUUUGUACUCGCGCGCGUCGCGCCUGCUGCGCAGUUACGCGAGAAUGUGCUUGGUCGACUUCGAUCGGUUCCCGAGGGACCAUUCGACUGCUUAUAAGAUAUUUGAUGUAUAUUUGACGACGAAAGCACGACGAUCGCGCCGUGUUGCUUUUCACUUCUUCUAUGAUACUGCUCAUGAAGAUGAAAAUGAUAAAAGUUUGCGCGAUGUGCUUUUAAUUUUCUUAUGAUUGAUAAUUAUUGUAAGUGAUUGAUUUUGAUAAUUAAAUGAUUGAUUAGUACGAUAACUGAUUCUAAUUAUUAGUUUGAUAAUUAUAAUAAUUGAUAAUUGUGAUAAUUGAUAAUGGAGAUAAUGAUAAUUCAUUAUUUUGAUAAAUUAGUUGCUCUCUAUUUAACGAGCAAAAUCUAAAGAAUCUUUGACUGCGAACCUUAUCGCGGGGUUCCGACUUUUGGAUCAUUGUUUAUUAAUUGAAUCGACGUCGGCGCUCGACAGACUCGACCACCCCGUCUACUUGUUUCACUGCUGUUCGAGAGUCGCGUACUGUCGAUAAAUUGUGACUGUGAUUGCCGCGAGUGACGGAGCGAGGGGUGGCGGAAAACGACGGCGUCCAAGUACAAGCGCAUUCUCGCGCGAUGCAGGAGUUAUUCCCGAACGUAGCUCUGUUUCGUGCCGACGGGUUCGCCUUGCGAACUCGCAGGCGAAGGGCGGAGGACGGGGGAGGACUGUAGAGAGUUUUAGGGGAGAUAACCCGGGCGAGAGUAACCGAAUUGCGUAUAACGCGGCGAUCGGACCCGAGACAUGAGGAGGAAGGUAUAUGUAUAGAAGGGUGACGGGGGAGGGGAGGGAGAGCUAAGGACGAGAUCCAAAGAGGAUUAAACCCAAUAAUCAAAUGAUGAUCUCAUUACGGAUAAAUAAAGAGAAUUAAAUAAAGUAGUGUGAUUACGGGAACGAGAGAGGGCGGACCACACGCCCCUUAUUCUCCGUCUGCUCUUCGCGCGUCCGUCCCUCUCUUGGUCUCGCCAAGGUAGAGAGAACUACUCUUCGGUAUGCGGCUUGUAGAUAACGCGGCUUGCCGAUCGGCGGGACAAUUCUCUGUCCAAGAAUUUUUUAACGACGCCGCGCAAUGACGUCUCGCGAGAGGUUUCGGUUCGUCGAGAGACGACCAGAAUGCUUCUGACAAUAUCAAUCGACAAACCCAUUUUUCACUCUCUUCUUCAUUCAUCAUAGUAUUUUCAACCUUGUUAUCGCUUUAAUCGAUCUCGCUAGACGUUCACGGCGUGGGCGGAAUGUAUGUAUAUAUAUAUAGAGAGAGAGAGAUGUAGAGAGGGAUGACGACGUAUUACCAAAAAAGAAAAAA